AUGAAGCCAAUCAACGACAAGAAGGAGAAAGUGACGAUUCGAGCCGUCAGCCGCGACGAGGAAGGGAAAAAGCGAGUCGAAAAGGCCGAGAUCGAUACUCGCAACAUCGACACCAUCAAGUACGUUGAGAAGAAGCUCAUUGACAAGGGAGUCCAGCGCCUCGACCGCCAUCCGGUUCAUACCCGGACUGGAAUCGCCCAGCCGCCGCCCAAGUCCGGCCACGGCGGCAAGUUCACUUGGGAAGGACCCAGCGAUGCGAUUGAGAACGAGCUCUCCCCUGCCCCGGCUGCCAUUGAUGAGAACGAUCCAAACUAUGUGGAUGAAGUGAAGGAGGAGGAGGUCGCCGGAUUGGUGGUCGGAGAAGUGGAGGUCGCGAAGGCGGCGGCGGUCACGGAGGGGGUUGCGAGAGUGGAGGUGGAUCCUCGGCUUCAACUGCAAUGA